ACAUUAAACCAUACAUAAAUGAGUUUUAUGAAUAGCUGAUGUUCAUUUGGCAUUGUUCGUACAACAGCUAGUGUUGGGCAAAAUGCAUUCAUUUAUGUAUUUGCUCCUAAUAUGGAUUUUUUGUGUCCCUGAGGCAGUGCAACCGUGGUGGCAAAAAAAGGCAAAGACGGGGGAGAAAGAACAGCCCCAAACUGGUAACAAUCGGCAACAACGGCGAAACCCGGUCGAAGAAGCAUAUAAAAAGAGCUUUUUCUACCGAUCCCGUGAUGCAUUGCGACAUAUCUCAGACGAACUUGGCAUAUCUCGAUGUUUUGACGAGGCGAGGAAUAAAGCAAAACGAGUGCGUCCAGGAAACACUGAUAGGUUAGAAGCAAUCACUUGGAUCAGCCUGUAUUCCAGCGAGUGUAGUAUUGAUAAAAGACUUUUAAUCGAAGACAAGAAUGCAAAUAUCUUCCCGUACCGUUUAAAUAAAGAACUAAGAUGUACGUUUCACACUAGAAACCGAAGAGUGAGAGACAUUUUUCUGAAAGCUGGAAAUAUGAUAGAUGAGGCGUUGGAUAUAUUAAAACCAACGCUUUACACAAAGAAUCUUUACAGAGGACUGAAGGAAAACUUUCCGUACAGGAAUCGAUUUAUAGAAGAUGGGUUCCUCAGCACAACAACAGAUGUCGAUAGAGCUCUAGAGUUUUCCGAAGGGAAUAUAUUGCUAAUAAUUACGCCUAUGUACGGAGUUGAUAUUGCAGCGUAUUCUGAUUAUGCGUAUGAAAAGGAAGUUCUAGCUAAACGACAUACCACGUUCGAUAUAGUAAAGAAGGUAAAGAAGGAAAAAAAGAUAAAAGAGAUCAUUGAAGGCCUUACUAACAUGCGCUGGUAUCCAAAAACAAUAAUUUAUAUGAAGCAAGUAUUUCCUAAGGAUAAUGUUCGAAACACGCUAUCUCGCCGUCAACAAAUGAAGUCGGAUUCUUACUGCAAACCGUCAUAGUAACUUGUUUAUUUUAGGCUGUUUUUGCUACCCUGAUGCCCACUCAGCUUAUUUGUAACACAUACCGAGAUUAUACUUUAUCAAUAUUUAUCAUUCCAUUAACUGCUUUUAUAAAUGUGUGUAACUGCCUUGUCCGACUGAGAACAUUCCACAUAAGGGACCAGAAUUCAUUUAUGUAAAUUUAAAGUAGCUUGAAAUGUGAACCUCUAUAAUCUGCUGUAUGAAAAGCAUCAGCGCGGCACGCACACAUGCACAAAUAAACAAAUAAAAAGAAAACAAAACGAAACGAAACAGAAAAUAACGCUCCGGCCCAUCAUUUUUCUCAAUUUCAUGAUUACAAAAUGUUUCUGCUUUCAUUACGAAAGAGUAAAAAGACAUAGAUAUGUUAACAUCGUGAGUGGGGACAAAUGGCUUUAUACUUCUAAAUUUUAAACAUGGUGGUAGAGGAGUAAUCGACUUGAUUCUUAAUAUCUAUCGUGUCUUCGAAGUAAUAAUGGAGAAUCUAUACGUUGACCUCUGAGCGGAGGACAUCGACUUGGUACUUAUAUAUUCAUUUUUACGUCUGAUGGUAACGAGUACUUACGACUAAAAAUACCAAAGAUAUUAGAAAAAACAAACCAGCAACUAUUAACAAUAACAAAGUUUAUUAUCAAAAAUAACUAGUUAAAAAUAUUAACUACCUGUAAAGUCCUAUCUAAAAAGCAAGAAUAAUCCAAAUCCUGUCCUGGUCAAUUUUAAAUCCAAUCAGUAUCAAUACCAAAUUCCUCACACAGUAUUCAAACUGAUUUUAGUAUAUCCAAAGAAUAUAAAUCCGUCAGAGCUCUUUAAAGGUUUUUUUUUAAAAAUCCACAAUGUUGAUGUAAAUCCAUCAAAUCUUUAGAUAUACUAAAUACAGUUUGGACUGUGUGUGAAAUAUUUUAGAAAUUAUACUGAUUGGAUUUAAAUUUGACCAGAACAGGAUUUUGUGACUAUUCUUGCACAUUAGAUUGGACUUUACGGCUAGUUAACAUUUUUAAGGUAUUUGAAUGGUUACUUUUCUGAAUAAAUUUGUUAUUGUUAAUAGUUUCUGGUUUGUUUUUCUGUUUCUGGGUGCCGACCAUUCACUCCACCAAACUUUGCUCUUUAUCUCCACCAUUUUUCAAAGUUAGAAGACAGUUUAAUAAAUGCUAUCCCCACCAAUCCGGUUUAGUGACUUAUUUCAUCAUACCAUCGUAUUCAUUUAGAUUCAAUAAAUUUGGUGUGUUAACAGUUUCUUUAAUAUUCGCAUGAUUCAAAAGCAAUAAAUUCAACUUUAAACAAUCUUUCUGGUUAGCAACCUAAAAUUUAAUAACUAUAUACAAGAACCGAACAUUUUUAACUGACUUGUAUUGACGUUUUACUUUGUCAAUUGUUUCAUGCUUAUCCGCUUAUGCUUCUUUCUCCAGUGGUCUAAGACUGUAUUGUGAAUACAGUUUACGAUCCUUCUCAUUUCCAAUUGGAUUGACAAACUCCUUGCCACUGAAAUCUGUGUAAUUUCUGCAGGUUUUUAUUUCAGAAUCAGCCACCUGUAAUAAGUAGAAGACUUUAAUAUUACAUACUUACAUAUUUGUGUCAAUUAGAGAGUAAAGUUCAUAAUACAUGUAAGUGUGUUUG